GCCUCCGGACGCCUCCAGCCGCCGCCGCCGCGGUCGUCGGGCCCUAGGCGCCGGCCCGUUAGUUGCCCUGGCCCGGAGCCGGCCAGGCCCGCGGGGUGUUGAGCCCGCUGACGUCAGCCCGGGCUUCCUCACCCCCGGGGCUUCCCCCACCCUUCCCCCCGGCUUCCUGAGAGGGCUCCCGAGCCGUGGGAGCCUGGUCGCCGCCGCCGGGACCUCCGGGGGAGCGAGGACUUGGGUUUCCCCCUUUCCAGGGUGAGGAUGGUUUUGUACAACAACCUGGAGUUCAUUAGUUGAAAGGUGCGCUCUGUCGAGACAAGGCAUUUUGCUUUGCUGUCUUGUUACAGCAUGGACACCAAAUUGCUAAAAACGUGCUUUGGGACUGCCAGUGAAUUUAUCUUUUGUGGUUUUCCUACAAACUUAGUAGUUCCCUUUUUUUUGAGUUAAUAUUUCGGAGUUAAUGUCACCAUGAGUUCAGGCUUAUGGAGCCAAGAAAAAGUUACUUCACCCUACUGGGAAGAGCGGAUUUUUUAUUUGCUUCUUCAAGAAUGCAGUGUUACAGACAAACAAACGCAAAAGCUCCUUAAAGUACCAAAGGGGAGUAUAGGACAGUAUAUCCAAGAUCGUUCUGUGGGGCACUCGAGGAUUCCGUCUGCAAAAGGCAAGAAAAAUCAGAUUGGAUUAAAAAUCCUAGAGCAACCACACGCGGUUCUCUUUGUUGAUGAAAAGGAUGUUGUAGAAAUAAAUGAAAAAUUCACAGAGUUGCUUUUGGCAAUUACCAAUUGUGAAGAGAGGUUCAGCCUGUUUAAAAACAGAAACAGACUGAGUAAAGGCCUCCAGAUAGAUGUGGGCUGCCCUGUGAAAGUACAGCUGAGAUCCGGGGAAGAAAAAUUUCCUGGAGUUGUGCGCUUCAGAGGACCCUUAUUAGCAGAGAGGACAGUAUCGGGAAUAUUCUUUGGAGUAGAACUACUGGAAGAAGGCCGUGGCCAAGGUUUUACUGACGGGAUAUAUCAAGGGAAACAGCUUUUCCAGUGUGAUGAAGACUGUGGAGUGUUUGUUGCGUUGGACAAGCUAGAAAUCCUGGAAGAUGAUGACAAUGGAUUGGAAAGUGAUUAUGCAGGUCCAGGGGACACCGUGCAGAUGGAACUUCCGCCCCUGGAGAUAAACUCCAGAGUUUCUUUGAAGCUCGGAGAAACCACAGAGUCCGGCACAGUUAUAUUCUGCGACGUCUUGCCUGGGAAAGAAAGCUUAGGAUAUUUUGUCGGUGUGGACAUGGAUAAUCCUAUUGGCAACUGGGAUGGAAGAUUUGAUGGGGUGCAACUUUGUAGUUUCGCAAGUGUUGAAAGUACAAUUCUCUUGCAUAUCAAUGAUAUCAUCCCAGCUUUAUCAGAUAGCGUGACACAGGAAAGGAGGCCUCCCAAACUUGCCUUUAUGUCAAGAGGUGUUGCGGACAAAGGUUCAUCCAGUCAUAAUAAACCAAAGGCUACAGGACCUACCUCAGACCCUGGAAAUAGAAACAGAUCUGAAUUAUUUUAUACCUUAAAUGGAUCUUCUGUUGACUCACAACCACAAUCCAAAUCAAAAAACACAUGGUACAUUGAUGAAGUUGCUGAAGACCCCGCAAAGUCGCUUACAGAGAUAUCUUCAGACUUUGGACAUGCUUCACCACCACUGCAACCUCCUUCCAUGAACUCAUUAUCUACCGAGAACAGAUUUCACUCUUUACCAUUCAGUCUGACCAAGAUGCCCAAUGCCAAUGGAAGCAUUGGCCACAGCCCGCUUUCUCUGUCAGUUCAGUCUGUAAUGGGAGAGCUAAACAAUGCCCCUGUCCAGGAGAGUCCACCCUUGGCCAUGGCUUCUGGGAACUCCCAUGGUCUGGAAGUGGGCUCACUGGCUGAAGUUAAAGAGAAUCCUCCUUUCUAUGGGGUAAUUCGUUGGAUCGGUCAGCCGCCAGGACUCAACGAAGUGCUAGCUGGACUGGAACUGGAAGAUGAAUGUGCGGGCUGUACAGACGGAACCUUUAGGGGCACACGGUACUUCACUUGUGCCCUGAAGAAGGCGCUGUUUGUUAAGCUGAAGAGCUGCAGGCCCGACUCGAGAUUUGCAUCCCUGCAGCCAGUUUCCAAUCAGAUCGAACGCUGUAACUCGCUGGCAUUCGGAGGCUACUUGAGUGAAGUAGUGGAAGAAAAUACCCCACCCAAAAUGGAAAAAGAAGGUUUAGAGAUAAUGAUUGGAAAGAAGAAGGGUAUCCAGGGUCAUUACAAUUCUUGUUACUUAGACUCAACCUUAUUCUGCUUGUUUGCUUUUAGUUCUGUCCUGGACACUGUGCUACUUAGACCUAAAGAAAAGAAUGAUGUAGAAUAUUAUAGUGAAACGCAAGAGCUACUGAGGACGGAAAUCGUGAAUCCUCUGAGAAUAUACGGAUAUGUGUGUGCAACAAAGAUUAUGAAACUGAGGAAAAUACUUGAAAAAGUUGAGGCUGCAUCAGGAUUUACCUCGGAAGAAAAAGAUCCUGAAGAGUUCUUGAAUAUCCUGUUUCAUCAUAUUUUAAGGGUAGAACCAUUGUUAAAAAUAAGGUCAGCAGGUCAAAAAGUGCAAGAUUGUUACUUCUAUCAAAUUUUUAUGGAAAAAAAUGAGAAAGUUGGAGUUCCUACAAUUCAGCAAUUGUUAGAAUGGUCUUUUAUCAACAGUAACCUGAAGUUUGCAGAGGCACCAUCAUGUCUCAUUAUUCAGAUGCCUCGAUUUGGAAAAGACUUUAAACUGUUUAAAAAAAUUUUUCCUUCCCUGGAAUUAAAUAUAACCGAUUUACUUGAAGACAACCCCUCUCUCGCCCCUACCGCUUUAGCCCCCAGGCAGUGCCGGAUCUGCGGGGGGCUCGCCAUGUACGAGUGUAGAGAGUGUUAUGAUGAUCCCGACAUCUCAGCCGGAAACAUCAAGCAGUUUUGUAAAACCUGCAACACCCAAGUCCACCUCCAUCCCAAGAGACUGAACCAUAAAUACAACCCAGUGUCGCUUCCCAAAGAUUUACCCGACUGGGACUGGAGGCACGGCUGCAUCCCCUGCCAGAAGAUGGAACUGUUUGCUGUCCUCUGCAUAGAAACGAGCCACUAUGUUGCUUUUGUGAAGUACGGGAAGGACGACUCUGCCUGGCUCUUCUUUGACAGCAUGGCCGAUCGAGAUGGUGGUCAGAAUGGCUUCAACAUUCCUCAGGUUACCCCAUGCCCGGAAGUAGGAGAGUACUUGAAAAUGUCUCCGGAAGACCUACACUCCUUGGACUCCAGAAGAAUCCAAGGCUGUGCGCGAAGACUUCUCUGUGAUGCGUACAUGUGCAUGUACCAGAGUCCAACAAUGAGUCUGUACAAAUAAGUGGGGUCAUCUGGGCAGGGGCGGAAACCGAAUGCGAGGCUUUAGUGUUGCAUUUUACCUGAGCUGGCAAUCUUGUUCAGCAUCCAUUGCCGGCAAUGGAUGCCUUUGUGGUGAUGAUCCUUCAGAAAAGGAUUCCCGUGUUUAAAAAACAAAUUGCUUUUGUGUUACUGAAGUAUUUAAUAAGAAGCCUUUUGCACUCUAGAAAGUAUGUUUGUGUUGGUUUUUUAAGAAGUCUAAAUGAACUUAUUAAUCCCUGAAGCUUUAAGUUAAGUGCAUUGAUCAUAUGAUAUUUUUGGAAGCAUAAAAUUUUAAUUGUGACAGUUUAAAACCUCUUUUAGUCCAUUGAGAAUGUAAAUAAAUGUGUCUUCUUUAUGGACCAAGGAUAUGAAAUCAUUUUUCCUUUUAGCUAACGGUUGCCUUGAGGAAGAAAUAUUUUGGUUUUAUUAAGUGUCUGCUUUCAAUCCAGUUAUUAAAAUCGUACUGAGUUGGAUUUGUUAAUUCCUUCCUGUAUACUGCUGGUUUCUGCAUGUCAGCAAUCUGCCGAGUUUCUGUGUUUCUGCAGUAGUGGUCAGAAAAAUACUUAAAUUCCAUUCAUGGUGUUGUUUUCUAUUUGUUCUGCUUUUGAGAUAGAUCUAAGUGAUCUUGUCAUAAAACGUCUAUUUUUGAUGUAAUUUUCCUGGGGAUUAGACUGCACAGCAACUGAAGCUCUUCAUUCAUAGUUGUAACUGUCAGCUAAGAGGUUUUGGGGUUCUUUGUUUUUUGGUUUUUUGUUUUGUUUUUUUGGGGGGGGUGUGAAGGAACUCUAUUUUAUGGAGCUGGGCACAAUGCAUUUUAUUAAAGGAUUGGGGUGAUAAAUAUAUUUCUACACAAAUAUAUGGUCCAUCAGAAAAUAAAUUUGAAUAUAGACUACUCAUUAAAACCUCCCUGAAGAGAUGUGUUGUCUGUGUAAACCUCUCCUGUUGUAAGACCGUCCAGAACUUCAGUGAGCUCAGCCAGUCUGCUCACCAAAUGCAGUUUGAUUGCGCAGGAGAUAAUGGCAGUUACGAUAUUUUAUGGAAAUGUUGGCAGCAGCUUUAUCCUCCUUCUGAUUACGUAGAAAAUGGAUGUUUUCUCAGCUAAUGUCCACAGUGUAUGUCUAGAGCCCAAGUGGAUGUCGUAGAGUAGAACCACAGAUUAUAAAUGUUAGUGCUGUGGAAUGUGCUAUGGUCUGUGUUUUCUUCGAGUGUCGUUUUGUGGCAUUGUUGUCCUUCUGGAAAGACUUCCUAACCAUGCAGAAAGACAGAAAAGUUGUCAUGUGUAUAUAGCAUAUGACUUUAUAAAACAUUUAACGUCAAAACAAAGUGGAAAGCAUCUUUAUAAACCCUGCAAUUACUUUUUUUUUUUUUUAAGUCUCGUUUAGCUUUGGUUCUAUCAUUCCAUUUUGCUAAUAUUCAUUAGCUUUAUAAAUUGCAGUAAGCUACAAAAACUCAUUUUGUAAGUUUUUUCAUUUUUGAAAUGAAAAAGUACAUACAUUUUGCAUGCGGUUCUGCUAAAUGCUUGGGUGGGGUGGGGAGGUGGCUACUGAAUCAGGGGUUUGGGGGUGAGGAGCCCAGACUGUGGGGCUGGCUCUGCCCCUGCCCCCCCCUCCCCUCAGGUACUAAGGGAAGGGCCUGGGGUGCACGAUGUCUGAGGCCCUGAUCUUCUGUAAGUCCAGUCACCUGUUAGUAAAUAGGUGUUGAGUGAAUAAAUGGAUGAAUGAGCGUAUCAAUGUGAUUUCUGAAAAGAUUAUUUGGAGGAAUGACUAGGAAUCUCUACCUAGAUGAGAUUGAUUGCAAUCUCUACCUAGAUGAGAUGAGAUGAAUUGAAGAGUUAAAAAAGAAGAGAAAGUUCCUUGUCCGUAAAAAUUAAAAUGCAAGUUCAAGAAGGUAUGUCCUGCCCAGCCUCUUGUGGCGGAAGACUUGAAGAAGAGCCGUCCGGGGCUCCCCAUCUCCCUCCACCCCCCCACCCCGCAUGGAGGCUCUUUCGAGGGGGCAGGGCCACAUCUGUCAGUUAUCUCUAAGGACAUUUCCUUCAGGUAGACCCAUACGUCUGUUUAGUGUUGCCUGGGGCAGGAGGCACUCGGGAUGCCAGGGCCAGCCGCAGUGCUCCGUGUGGAGGGCUGGGCUCUCCCCCUGGUCCUGGACGGUCCCUCUGGGCGGCCCCUCCUUGUCCCUGCCCCGGCACAGCUGCGUGGGAAGUGGGCGCCAUCAGGGCUGGGCUGUGUGGUACCAGUGGUUCAUGCAUCUGCGGAUUUAUUUACGUUUUAGCCCUAGAUGUUCUCUAACAUGUUCCCGUUGGCUUUUAAAAUGCGUUGGUGAUCUCAUUUUCCUUAUCAUAUCCAAAAUCAAGAUGGCAAUAUAGUAGAAUUAUUUAUAACAUGGUUUGUGAUUCAUAGCUACAAAUAGAAAAUAUGAUGAGUCCUGGUCCCCCACCUCCAACUAAAUUCACACUUGUAAGAGUGUGUGUGUGUGUGUGUGUGUGUGUGUGUGUGUGUGUAUUACCCCCUAUAUAUAUAUGUGUGUAUAUAUAUAUAUAUAUAUAUAUAUAUAUAUAUAUAUAUAUAUAUAUUUGGGGUGAGAGAGGGAGAGAGAGGAACCCUGUUGUGAUGUAGAGGCUAAAUGUAUUUCGUCCCUCCCAGUCAGCUUUAUAAAGGAGUUAUAGUUUGACUCCGUCCGGGAAGAAUGUUUCAUAAGACUGAGAAAACACACUGAAAACCAAGAGAAACAGUAACAAAAUUCAGCACCAUAUAGUUGUUACAAUUGCUGAGGAUUACCUCCUUAGAAUAGUUUAGGAUCUUUAUAAUUCACGUUUGCCAAAUGUUAUAGGUAAAUGGCUUCUUUCUGUCCCUUGGAUCCAUUUAUUUUUUCACCUAACAUAAUUCAGGAACAAGGGGAAGACAUAGUAAUUAAUCUUAUGCAGCUUGUAUUGUCAUUCAAAGUCCCGUUAUUUGAACUUGGCGUCUUCAUAAGUUCAGGCUUCACUCCCCUCCUCUAGCUGGAUAUCCAGCCAGAUAAUUCUGCACCUGCUUGGGUGAUGGUAGGCAGAGAUGUGAGCCACUGGACAUUUAGGACUGUGGCAGAAGGAAUAGGAGACGUGGUCCUUGCCUCGAAACAGCUUAACACCUACUUCCGACAACAGGAUCCCUACAAAUGUUGGUGACGUGUGAGGGCGACAGGUCUCGGGGAAAGCGCUGGGACACAAACAGCAACAGAAAAACUAAUGGACUGGGGGACAAGAGACCUGGUUCCACUCUUUUCUCUGGCCCGUACUGUUAGCCUGAGAGGACUUCUUGAUCUCUUUAGACCUUAGUGUCCUCUGUAUAACAAGGGCGUUGGAAUAUCGAAUUUCAUGGGGAAAAAAUAUGAACUUCUAGGUCCCGGGCAUGCCCGUUGGGUCUGACUCUUCAUGCGUGGAGCCUAGGAAAUUUGUUAGUAAAAGACCCCGCGAGGGGAGCCUGACCGCUGGCCAGAUUUGAAAACGACUGAGCUAAAAGAUCUCAAAAUUUUCUUUUCUUUUUGUGAUUGUGCGGUCAUGUAAUGUUAUCACAGUAAUUACAGAAAUGGGGGCAGUUGGAUGUUUGUCACAUUGUUUGUCUGGGGUUACAUAUGAAUUUAUGUACGAAAUGCAUUUUAGUAUACAUAUACCUCAACCCCCUGUUUCCUAGAGGCUUUAGCGGUCUUUGGAGCACACAGAUCUUCAGAGGAUAUCCGAUGUUAUUUGCCUGAACACUUGUCUUCCAUUUUAUUUCUUUAGGGGGAAACCGAGGCUCGCUCUGGGUACCAAAGAAACGGGAAAAACAAAACUGUGGCAUGAAAGUAAAGAAUCGUUUCUCACUAUCUGCUACUUUAGGAUGAAACUUUUAACAUUUGUAUGAGAAGACUUUCCUCUGGGCUAAUGGGGCCCCUUGUCAUGAAGCCAAAAAUGUCCUUGUUAAAGUAGGUGGAGUGUGAUGCUUAACGUUAAAUAGAAGUCCUCCUUCUCUGGCAGUGAGUGAUGUUAGCCACGCACCCACGACCCCCCUUCAGCGAGAGGAACGCUUGGACCCCCCGAGGCGGGUGGGGCGUGUGGAGGAGGAGAGCGUGUGAACGUGGAAGCCAGUGCACAGAGGUGAGGGGGGAAGGACAGAAGGUCAACCCCUUCCCGCGUGGGGGUACACGGGGCUCACGGAAGACAGAGCUCCUGUGCGCCUCCUGGGGCGGGGGCGGGGGCGGGGACAGGUUGCGUCACCGCUCAGAGAGACCAGGGCUGUAGAGGGCGAGGCUGCCUGCGGGGAGCGGAGGCUGCACCAGUCUGUUCUGCUUCUAGAAGUUUCACCGGAGGGAAAAAGAGGAAAGGGGGCCCUUCAUCUCAUUCUACAUGCUGGGGCAGCUGCAGGGUGUCUCCGGAGUCAGAAAGCAGUGGUCAACAGCCAACCAGCACCGGACCCAAGGGUAGUGGGGACGUGGGUAAGGGGGUGCUCCCUCCCGACCGCAGUAGGGCUGGCGUUUGCAGGCCACUCCAGAGCCCGCGUGAUUUCCGGACCUUCGGUCUUGGGCGUCUUUGUUUGACCACACAGUAUGUUAGUCUCCCUGUCACUAGGUCAGGGGAAGGGCCAGUUAGGGAGGAGGGCUGUCCUUCCAAGCACCCCAGGCCUCACAUCUCUCUUGCACUUUUAAGUACUGUCCUCUUUUGCUUGGUACUUUUUCUGGAGAGAGGAGGUUGGAGACUUGACCGUCACUGGUUCUGUUCUGUAAAAUGGCCUGCAGUACCGUUGAGUUUUAACUCCAGAGAGUCUUCGUGUCCUGUCACAAGCAUUUUUUUUUCUUUUUUAAGCCCGUUUGGAACUUCCCAGGGAAGUCGAGGUUAUUCGUAAAUGGGUGUAAAGGAGCACAUUUGUACUGCAUUUCGCGUAUCUGGUGUCUUGUUCAACCAUUGUUUUUUUCUUUUUGGCUUGAAGAAUAUGCCGUAUUUAUGAAGACAUUUCUUUAAAAAUAACACCACAUAAACUAUCCCUUUACGAUCAGAUUGCUCUGAUUUAGCCUUAAUUUUGUUAAACUUUUUAGAGAUGAAUGAAGUGCUCUGCUGUGGAAAGAAAUGUACUAUAUACUAUUUCUGUAUCAUUAAAACUAAAUUUUUAUGGUUC